CACGGCGCGGAUGCACAACGCGCAGUGCAGACAGACACUUUAAUACUUCCAAUCUCUAAAGGAUAAUCAACAAAUCAGCUGGCAUUUCGCGUCAAAAAUAAGCAGACCGUUCUAAUACUGUCCUCAGAAUUUCACACGUCAGGAAGAUUUCCAUUUUCAAUGUCAAAGUAAAGGGAGCAUCGUUGAUUCUGAAGAUGAUGAAGAAAUGAACAACCGUGUCUGUGUGUGUACAGCAGUGGGGUUGGCUGUAGAUGAGUGUCCUGCACCAUGCCGCCGGGUGUUUACGGCAUGCAGGAUGUGUGGGAGAGGGAGGGUCGGCAACAGGUCAACAUGGAGUUCCUCCUCCCCACGGGUAUCUACCUCAGCUUUCCUGUCUUGUGCAGUGACACCAUUAGUACCAUCAAGAAGAUGGUGUGGAAGAACGCCAAAAGCGAGGCUCUCUUCAGUGCCCUGAGUGACCCGGAUGCCUAUGUCUUCACAUGUAUUAAUAUGACCGCCGAGCGGGAGGAGCUGGAAGACGAGCAGCGUCGCCUAUGUGACGUUCGGCCCUUCAUGCCAAUUCUCAGGCUUGUGGCCCGAGAAGGAGACAGAGUCGAGAAGCUCAUAAACACCCAGAUCAGUCUGCUCAUAGGGAAAGGUCAUCAUGAAUUUGACUCUCAGAAGAACCAUGAGGUGAAUGAAUUCCGAACCAAAAUGCGGACAUUUUGUGAAGAACGUGCUCAGGAUCAUCAAGUGUUGCCAUGGUAUCAGUGGAUGGAGUACAACUUUCCUUGUGACUUAGAGCCAUGCAGUUUAGUGGCAAAGUCUGGGAAAUCACACAGUAUUAAGAAGAUCUUUAUCAAUGUGAAGUUUGAAGGCAGUGAGGAGACCUUUGUUUUACAGCAAGAUCUUCUGGACUUGCCAAUGGUUCUCAAACGAAACGCCCUGAGAAAAAAAUCCACUGUGUUCCGAUCAGCACAGCAGGAUAGGCCAGAGGAUUACACCCUGCAGAUUAAUGGGAGAAUGGAGUUCAUUUAUGGAAAAUAUCCACUAUGCCAGUUCAAAUAUAUUUUUUCAUGUUUGAAUGGAGACCAUACCCCGCACCUGACCAUGGUACACCAUUCAGCCAUCAUCAAGUACCAGGAGGCACAGGGUGGUCUUAGUAACCAGGUGUCCAGGACUCGCGCUCAGUCCAAACCACCCCCGCUGCCUCUGAAAAGGCAAAACACAUCGUCGCUGUGGUGUAUCCAGGAGUCGUUCUGCAUACACCUUUUACAGGGUAGUCGAGUGAAUGCAGAUGAGGGCAUGAAGCUUGUGGUUCAGGCUGGCCUUUUCCACGGCAGUGAACUCCUUUGCAAGGUGGUGACCAGUAAUGAGGUCAGUGUUUGCUCUGAACCAGUAUGGGACCAGAAACUAGUGUUCGACAUCAGUGUGAAUGACCUGCCUCGUAUGAGCCGCCUCUGCUUUGCCCUCUAUGGUGUCAUCGAGAAGACCAAGAAGCGCCCUACGAAGAAGAAAAACAAAAGAGCGGAUUGCCCUUUGGCCUGGGUUAACACCAUGGUGUUUGACUAUAAAGACCAGCUAAAGACUGGUGAAUUUUCCCUGUCCACCUGGCCAUCUGUUCCAGAUGAUAAAGGUGAUCUAUUGAAUCCUAUGGGCACUGUGGAGAAAAAUCCAAACAUUGACAGCACUGCUGGCCUCCUGAUUUGGUUUCCCAACAUCAGACCACACCCUCUGUACUAUCCUCCAAUUGAAAAGCUAAAUGAGCUGGGGCUCAAUGGUGAAAAGGUCAUUGCUACAAAAGAAGAGCACCUUAAACUGAGAGAGAUAGUGGACAAUAAGAACUACACCGAGUUCUUUGAGGAUGAGAAGGAGCUCCUGUGGAAACUGAGAGGGGAAGUGAGGCAGCGCUACCCAGAGAGUCUGCCCAAACUCCUGCUCAUCACCAAAUGGAAUAAACAUGAAGAUGUGGCUCAGAUGGUUUGUUUGUUGUGGAAAUGGCCAGACUUGCCUGCUCUUCAUGCUUUAGAGCUUCUGGAUUAUAGUUUCCCUGACCCUCAUGUCCGUUCCUUCACCAUCCGCUGCCUCAGGAAGCUACGGGAUGACGAGCUCUUUCAGUACCUCUUGCAACUGGUGCAGGUGUUGAAGUACGAAUCUUAUCUGGAUUGUGACUUGACCAGUUUUCUUCUUGAGAGAGCACUGGCCAACAGGAAGAUAGGUCACUUCUUAUUUUGGCACCUCAGGUCAGAAAUGCACGUGCCCUCUGUCAGCUUGAGAUUUGGACUGAUUCUAGAGGCGUACUGUCGUGGAAGCAUCUAUCACAUCAAGAGCUUGUUGAAGCAGAAUGAGGCUCUGAAUAAGAUGAAGGCUCUGAAUGACUUUGUGAAGUCUGGUAGUCAGAAGGCGACCAGGGUACAGACUACAGAAGACAUGAAAGUGUGCAUUAAACAGGACACUUACAUGGAAGCGCUCUCCGAUGUGGUGUCUCCUCUUAACCCGAGCAUCCUGCUGUGUGAACUCUGUGCAGACAAGUGUAAGUUCAUGGACUCUAAGAUGAAACCUCUGUGGCUAAUGUACAAGAACAAGUAUGACACCGUGGGAAUUAUCUUUAAGAAUGGAGAUGAUCUGAGGCAGGACAUGCUAACACUUCAAAUGAUUCAGCUAAUGGAUGUUUUGUGGAAGAAAGAGGGUCUUGACCUCAGGAUGCUUCCCUACGGAUGUCUUUCCACUGGGAACAAGACGGGUCUUAUCGAGGUGGUGAAAAACUCAGACACUAUCGCCAACAUCCAGAGAAACAACAGCAACAGUGCGGCCACUGCUGCCUUCAACAAGGACGCUCUUCUCAACUGGCUCAAAUCAAAGAAUCCAGGGGAUAAACUGGAUCAAGCCAUUGAAGAAUUCACCCUUUCCUGUGCGGGCUACUGUGUAGCUACAUAUGUUCUGGGAAUAGGGGACCGUCAUAGUGACAAUAUCAUGAUCAGGGAAACGGGCCAGUUAUUCCAUAUAGAUUUCGGUCAUUUCUUGGGGAACUUCAAGAGCAAAUUUGGGAUCAACAGGGAACGUGUGCCUUUCAUUCUGACAUAUGACUUUGUCCAUGUUAUUCAGGAGGGACGAACCAACAACAGCGAGAAAUUUGAACGGUUUCGGCAGUACUGUGAACAAGCUUAUAAGAUCCUUUGUCGGAAUGGGACUCUUUUUGUGAAUCUCUUUGCCUUGAUGAAAGCUGCAGGUCUCCCUGAACUCAGUUCUUUCAAAGACAUCCAGUACCUAAAGGACUCUUUGGCGCUGGGGAAAUCUGAGGAGGAGGCACUGAAGAACUUUAAAGUGAAAUUUAAUGAAGCUCUACGAGAGAGCUGGAAAACCAAGGUGAACUGGAUGAUGCACUCAUUUGCCAAAGAUAACAGAUAAACGGCACUUGUUUCAUGAUCUACCACGGGAGAGCCACCAAAAUCCUCUUGAUGCUGAGUUAUGAGUUAAACUCAUGCAGCUUUGAACAGAAUAUGUAGUUGCACUGCUGUAUUGUAGGUGACAGAUCACAUUGGCAGCUUUUUAGAGAAUGUUUACAUCUGCAAGUUAACAGUAAAUAAUGAUAUACUGUAGAUUUGUUUUAGUGAGACUUCCUAUUUGAAAAUGAGAGCCGUUUCAUAUUUCAUUUGUUGUAAUUGAAGCGCUAAACUCUGGGGAUCCAAGCUACUAAUUACGUGUUUGUGUGCCACUAAUUGAUCUAGCAUCACUGGUUUGUUUCUGUAAUACUGCACAGAGAAAGGCUCAAAGCAACUGAGAUAAACUUAUUUAUAAUUUCUAACUGUACAGCAUAAAUAACAAGUAGCUUUUGUUCAGGAGAAGAAAACACUUUUUGUGUUUUCAUAUCGUUUACAUUCAGUUUUGAGAUUUUUGUUUAUCAGUUUACUUAUAUGUAUUUGAUUGUACAUAGUGUUUUUUGUGUAUCAUGCAUAUAUUUACAUUCAUUGCAGAGUAUUAUUAAUUGUUUUGAAUUAUUUGUAAAAUAGGAAUUGUUAAUCAGGAAUUCCUUGUAUAGUGGUUUACAGUAUAUGAGAAGACAUUUUCUAUGUCAAUGUCAAAAUGAGCCUUAAAUAUUUUGUAUUUGUGGGGUAAUCUGUGCCUUUAGAAUGAGACACAAGCCACCCAGAUGUGUCCAAAGAGUUUGCUUUUUGCUUCAUGAAUUAAAUUCAAAGGAUGGUUGCCUUGUACUGCUGUACUAUAAAUCAGGGCAAAGUGAAAAAGAAAUAUUAUUGCAUUGUAGAAAAUUGUGCAUCUUAAUUGUUUGCCUAUUUUGAAUAUCAACUAAUUCAAAGUAGUGUUUUCUCUUCCGGAUAAACCUUAAACAGUUCUAGAAUGUAUAGCCACGGUAUACAUUUACUGCAAGCUGAUUCAUGAAGAGAUAUACAGUAUACCUUACUUUCUCAAAAGAUGCAUAAAUGUUUCUUUUGAAUCUUCAAAAUGUCCUCUAGAAUGUGAAUUUUUAAAGAAGAGAUUUAAAGAUAUAAAUUCAAAUCCAUUUAAUAUUUAUAUGCAUAAAAGUCCUAUAAAAGCCAAUUUUAAUAAUGUAAGGACCAGGACCUAUGAGUUCAGUGCAGUUAGUGCACUGAAAAAUGCUUUGAUUUGGAUUUAUAUCUAUUGGACUACUAACCGUGUACCUCUCAUGCAAGCCAUCAUUCUUUUGUCUUUGGUUGUGUGCUAUGAUCUCUAACCAUUUCACAGUGUGAAUCUUCAGGAUCAAGAAGUGUAUUACUUGUUUUACAGUAGUUUUUAAACAUGACAAAUGCUUUUUUAUGAAGACCUAAAAGAUGCAAAUUAUGGAAGUGUGCUUUCCAUUUUUGUUUUUGCCAUAAAUUAUUGAUUCUAA